AUGGCAUCCAUUCCAGUUACCAAGCGCUGUUUGAGAAAAAGAUGGUCGUUUCUUCAUCAUUAUCCUGGCUCUACAAGUCUGAUGAAUGAGCAACGUUGCUAUGGAACGAAGAAUGACUACAGAAUCACUUCUGGUGCUCCUCCUCCUCCUCCUCGUUCUGAACACAACAAGAUUCGUCUUGGCGCCGCGAGUCAUUGUCGAUGGAAGAGCUACGACUCCAAGAACGGUUUGCCGCCCCAGAACAUUCACAAGGAGAAUCCAUUUGAUAUUCUUGGAAUCCCAAAGACUUCAACUUAUGAAACUGUCAAGCGUCGGUUUCUCGAAUUGGCAUUGGAAACCCAUCCAGAUGUUGUGAAUCAGUCUGCUGACGGAGGAGACAAUUCAGCAUCCAAAGAUCCACAACAGCUUGUAGAUGAGUUUGUAAAAUUACGUCAAGCCUUUGAAGCCAUUCGAGAAAAUUCUGAUGGGAGUACCGGAGUGGUAGGAGAUUCCGAGGCUUCAUCCUGGUCCGAUGAAAGCUUUCAAGCUUGGUUUCACAACGAAACUGGACACAGUGAUGUCAUGUUCAAUAUGGAUCUGCAAACACGAAAAGAAGUAGCAGAAGUAGCCUCCCAAGCUCAAGGAGGGCUGGAUCAUGGAGGAAUGUGGGAAAUGGCACGUGCCAUGGCAGAGCAACAAAAGAAUAUGGGAAACCUCAAAAAGAAACAUGCAGCCAAUCAAACACAGCGGGUAGAAGCGGGGAGCAAUGAUAAUGACAGCCAACGACGGCGUAGACGUCGAAAGUGA